UGUCCGCUAAUGGCGCAGGCGAUUAUCUGCGCGGCCGCCGGUGUUGUGUGUCCCGCGGGCAGGGCCCGAGUUACAAGCGCCAGGAAUCCAGACGGUGUUUAGAGACGGGGGGCGGCGGGGGAGGCCGGUCCGGACAGGCCAAGAUGACGCCCAGCCCCACGUUGUUGCUGCUGCUGCCGCCACUGCUGCUGGGGGCCCUCCCGCCGGCCGCCGCCGCCCGAGAUCCGGAGGACCACCUGCUUCGGGCUGCGUACUGUCUGUCGGCGUGUGCCGUGCCAGGACUUAGACACAUGCCUGCACACCUGAUGUCCAAGUUGGCGGGCCUGGAAUGUCUCCUGAGGGACCCUUGCCCCGUACCCAACCCCAGCAAGGUACAUCCGUGGCUGGUGGGUGAUGGGAGCUACUUGUUCACGGACUCCCGCCCGCCAUAUUCUGCACUGGCCUCUCCUCAGCUAGGCGGGCCCUUUACCCAGGCCAGCCCUUUGGGUGUGUUGACCACUCAGGAUCGUCCCUGCCCUGUCCACCAGUCCUCUGAGGCUUCGCUCCCCUCCCCCCGCCACCCAGCGGGUACACCGAGCCCAACCCGGCCUUAUAUGGGCACGUUUGGGUGUUGGGUGGCAGGCGGCAGCCCAGGUGGGCCUAAUGCCACGGUACCCCCCCGCCUGCCCGGCUGGGGACUGGCCCGGUGGCUUAAGGGUGGGGGCUGCCCAGGCGUGGCUGGGCCUGGCAGUGUCCUGGGCACAGCGGGCACUCAGGUCAUACCCAGCAAGGCCCCCCCGGUGGCCGGCAGCCUGGAUUCUGAUUCCUCUUUUAUCUGCUUGGACUUCCCUCAUUCCCACACCUGCCUGUCCUCUGGCUACUCAGCCAGGGGGCUCUGGAGGCCGCUGUCCUGGCCUGGUCAUUGGCGGGAGCUGGAUGCAGAGUGGCGGAUGGCGGCGAUGGCAGCGGGGGGCGGGGCCUGCCUCUGUGCCAGGGGGCCCUGGAGGGGCCACACCCUGCUCUGUUCCCCUCAGCCUUGGCCUUGGGACCGCUGCCGGUCUCCAGCCCCGGCCCUUGCGCUGGCUGUGCACGGCCCUGGUGGCCGCAGGGCACUGAGAGCCGCUCCCCAAGGGGAAGAUCCUGUGUGGCUUUGCAGGGUGGGGUGUUGGGGGCCCCUGUUCCUGAGCUGUGCCAGCUUCUCCUCCAGGCCUGGCCUUGAGAGGCACGGUCACUCUGGGCGCGUCCUACUUUGCGGGUGAGCAGACCGAGCGCGGACUGCCUUCAGGCGGGCAGCACGGUGCGGAGGGAGCCAGGCUGUCUUCUGAAAGCCGUCCUCCCCGUGCGUCAUGCUUCCUGGAGUCAGCAGGUCUCUAGACUCAGAUCAUGUUUUCAAAGUUCCCCUUUCUGAAAGUUUCACAAUCAUGGUGGGUUUGUCUUAAACAGCUUUCUCCAAAUUUGAGGGAAGGUAGGAUUUGGGUUUCUCACAGUGGGAACUUGAGAGGUUCGGAAUGACAUGCCCUUCCCGAAAGCUUUAGGAGAACUCGUGGAAGGGUUGUCCUGUUUGAAUUUUUCCAAGGAGGAUGCAGUGGACAGGUCUCUGAGCAGUCAGCCCUCGAGGUCACCUCCCUGUCCUCUGGACCCUGCUGGUGUGCCCUAGGAGGGCCGAGCGCGGACCUCUGGGGCUGGGUGCUGGCUGCGGGGUGCCCCACUCCACGGGGUGGUGUCCUCUUGCCGUUCGGGCUGUGCUGGGAAGGGUCGCCUGUGUGUGUGAUUCAGCGGUCGUGGUGUGCGUGUGCGCUGGCUGACCUUGGCCUCUGGCCAGGCCGCAGGGGGCCUUCUCCCCCACCCCUCCAGGCAACGGCUGGCCAACGUGCAGCCCCAGCCGAGGUGGGUGUGCGGGAGCUGGGCCCAGGCGCUGUGAGGUGGGGAUGCAGGCCAGCCGCCCCAUUUAUGUCUCGGGCCCCACUCCUGGAAGAGAAAAUAAAUCACUGUCCCCUCUGGGGGGAGGAGGGAGCCAUGAACAAAGUCGCCUUUGGCUGGGCCUGGAAACUCCUACCGCAGGCUCCUUCAUUGUGCGGGAAUCAAUGGGCCUUCAACCCCCGCCCAGUGCCAUGGGGAAAUGUUGGUUUUUCCCAGCAGUGGCCUCAGCCUCCAGCUUGGGGUUCAGGCAGAGCUAACAGGGCUGGUGGACGCAGGCAGUGGUCCUGCAGGCCUGGAGCCUUUGCUGCUGGCUGCUUCCCUGCUGGUGGCUGGCCUUCCCUGCCUUCCCAGUGACCACAGCCCUGGCAUGUCCAGGUGGCAGCCUCUGUGGGCAGGGUCAGCAGGAGGGGAGGGCGUGCACAGGCCACUGUCCCCAGAUCCCACAGAUGCCCCACCCCAUGCUGCCACCCUACCCUGCCUGCCAUCUGUCUCCCUAGUGGUGGUCACUGGGUGCUCCUGGUCAAGCCGCUUGGGUGUCCAGCAUGGCUACUCUUGGGGCCCAAGGAGAGCAGGGGCCACUGUCCUGGGCUAGUUUGGGCUGGAGCUGCAGCUGGGUGGUCCACAGUCAGGGAAAGCUAGAGGGAGGUCGGGUGGGGGCAUGGGGAGAGACAUAGGCAGCAUAGCCUGGAAGGAGAUGUGGGUACUGGUCAGGUGAGGAGAGGAAAGUCCCCCAGGUGGGGGAAUAGUGUGGGCAGAGGUGGGCAGGUUGCCUUGACUAGGGUGUACCCCUUGAGGCCACAGGUGCCUUGGUGUAGCUGGAUUGGGGGCCAUGAGUAGGGAUAGGCCAGGACUGGGCUGAGAGGCUGGUUUGCUAGGGUACAGGGAAGAGGGGCUGGGGGCAUCGUGGGGGCUGGCUUCCUGCCCCCAGUGAGUGGCUGGGGGCAAGGCCUAGAGGCUGGCGGGCCUGCGGGGGGAGGCUGUAUGCACCCUUUGUCCCACAUGGACCGGCCCUCUUGGGGAGAACCAGCCUAGGGCAGGGGCUUCCAGGACUGUCCCUGAAAGACACUCUCCCUGGAGACAGUGUGGCAGGGAGGGCGCUCCAGCCUCAGGCCUCCUGACACCCAGGGCUUCCCUUCUUGGCAGGAAACAAUGGCUUUCUUCCCCAGUUUGUUAGAGAUUUACACAAGCCCUGCACUGUGAAGAAAUACUGGGGCCUGGGGCAGCAAGCGGUGGGGAGUGAGCUGUGCCCAGCUCUGGCCUGGGACCCCACUGGGCCGCGAUCCCCUCUGACUGCACAGUGCUGAGCCCCAGGAGAGCCAGGGCCACAGGACGGGGACUCGAGGGCUGCCCCCUGCAUUCUGUAAUGGCCUGCCCGUUCCGGCAGGGACUGCAGGCUUCCCUCUGGAGCCCAGCCGCGGGGGCCGUGUGUCCCGUGAGAGCUAGGUGGGCUACCCUGCAGCCUGCGGGGACCUCAGGGGGCCCAGCAUGCCAAAGCCUCAUGUCCUCGGGUCUGUCUACAAGAAGUGGGCGGUGGGCUGUGGGCCGUGGACACGUGGGGUGGGGGCUUGCCUGGGCCGCUGAGCAGGUUGGGCUGUCCUGUGCGUGGGCCUUCACAGUUAGAUCGAGCAUUGGUGCCCAAAUGCCACCCUCCGGCCCCACCAGGGCUCUAGGCUCAGGAAACACCCACAGUGGGCAGGCCUUUGCGUGGUUUGGGCUUCUUGUCAUGUUACCCUGUCCUCUGGGUCCAGCAUCAGCAUGUGAGGGAGGCCCAGUGAACCAGGUCCUCCUUGGUUCCUUGACUGGGGCUGGGGCUGGGGCUGGGCCCAUCGGGGAGGCGGGGAUGCUGGGUCAGUUCUAGGUGCGUGAUGUUUUUGUGCGGUGGGGGAUGGGGGCAGGUGCGGGCAGGUGCAGGCAGGGGUCAGCUUGGAGUCUGGCAGACGGACAAGCUCUGGACGCAGCCACAGGGUGUCCAGGUGAGCCCUCCGGCUGGUUCUGUCAUCGUGGGUCUGGGUGUGGUCAGCUGUUGGCAGUCCCUGUGGGUACCCCCCCCCCAGGGCAGCAGCACAUUGGGGGAUACUCUGUGGCCCUCAUGUGUGUCUUGGGAAUGGCAAAGAGAAGGAGCCCUGGUCAGGGCUCUGAUGGAGGGCCACCUGGGGGCUUCCAGGGCAGGGGACAGACUUCAUGGGCCCCACCCAGCCUGUUGCCUUACGUUGUGCUGCUCCUGGCCAGUGGGUCUGACCGGACACUCCAGCCAGCUUGCUUGCUCAGUGGGUCAGGUUGUCCCUUUGCUGCACCCAGAAUGGCCUGGUUUCUGGGGCAACCACCUGCCGUUCGGGUCCUACAAGUUCCACCACAGAUCCUGUGGGUCCGGCCCCCAGGGGCCGCCCUGGGCCUGCUGGUGACUAGGAGCCCGUGUGUGUGUGUGUGUGUGUGUGUGUGUGUGUGUGUGUGUGUGUGUGUACGUGUGUGUGCGUUUACCUGAGAGGCUCAGAGCCAGGGCAGAGGCUGACCUCCGCCUCUCAUGGCUGCCCUGGGGUGGUCUUCAUCUCUGCCUCCUCUUUUUGGCCUCCCUGCCCCCUUCAGCCCUCCUGGGGCCCAUGGGAUGGGAGGGGCCUCAGCUGAGGUUACAGUGCGACCUUGUUUUGCUAAAGCUUGGGAAACGGUGCUCUCGGCAGGUGGGGCAAGGGGGGUCUCUGGUAGGGAGUCUGCCUCCGCUGUGAGGGUAUGUCUGUGUGCGUGCAUGUACCUGGGGGACUGUCUGUGGGUAGAGUGUGUGCAUUUGGGGGACAGUGUCUGGGGGACAGUGUCCGGAGACAGCCUGUGUGUCUGGGGGACAGCCUGUGUGUCAGGGGACAGUGUCUGGGAACCGUGUCUGGGGGACAGUGUCUGG